AUGACUGAGUCAUAUGAGUACGAAGACUCACGCCCUGCGAGCCCGCAUGAUGCUGUUGAAGAUAGCUGCCAGUAUAACUGGGUCGAUGACGUUGAGCGUGUGGUACUUAGCUCGCAGAUGCAGCCAUUAAGUGACGUCGUGGUCAGUGUUCUGAAUAUUGAUCACUACGGAGGGCAACGCAUGUCGAUCCUCGAUGUUGAUCAUGAACUUGAAGGGGCAUCCAAGUCACUACGUGCCAAGGGAAGCGCCGGGGAAGCGCCCAGGGAAGCCAAAUGGCGACUAAAUUAUAAUAGCGCAAUCAACACACUCACACUGGCCUACCCGUCACUCACAGCACUUGUUCGCAGUCAACUAGAGGCAUUCGGGUGUAUGGUGAAGAAGGACAGCACUGAGAUCUCGAGAGGUGCCGUCAGCGGGGCCACGCUGGUGACCGCAACAAUGUUCGAUGAAUCGCCGCAAGGGCCGGAUGCAGCCCAAACUGAGUCGGCACAGUCCCUAGACUACACCGACCCGCACACAGAUGACUCGGAUGCCACGCGCGGAGUAGCUGAACACGGCGCGGACGCAGACGAAGGGCCUCAGGAUGGACUCAGAGGCACGUCUGAGGACUCGGACGGACGUCAGUACGGCGACACAGGUCAGGAAGGACUGGUUAACACCAGAGACGUACCUGCGCAGCCCGAGUCGCAUUUCGAGUCGCCCAGCCAGAACGAGAGCAGCGGCUGA